AUGGCUUCAUCCAGCUCUUACAACUCUCCCUGUGCUGCCUGCAAGUUCUUGAGGCGAAAAUGCAUGCCAGGCUGCAUUUUCGCCCCCUACUUCCCGCCAGAAGAGCCGCAGAAGUUCGCCAACGUUCACAAGAUCUUCGGGGCGAGCAAUGUCACCAAGCUCCUCAAUGAGCUCCUCCCACACCAGAGGGAGGACGCGGUGAAUUCGCUCGCAUACGAAGCCGAAGCAAGGGUGAGGGAUCCGGUCUACGGUUGCGUCGGUGCAAUCUCCUUCCUCCAGAGGCAGGUGCAGCGCCUCCAAAGGGAGCUCGACGAGGCCAACGCUGAUCUCAUUCGUUAUGCUUGCAACGAGAUCAAUUCGACCGCAUUGCCGCCAGGACCAAGCUCGGCGGCUCGGCAUAGGCCGGAUCAGUUAAACAGAAGAAUGGGCAGCCAAGGAGGAGGCUUCUAUCAACAAGCACCCACUAAUUUUCAUCUCCCUUACGGAACUCCCCCAUGGGAUGAUCACAGCCAAGGAGGAGGAGGAGGAGGAGGAAACAUUGGAGUCAUAAUUGCAAGGUAUAUGAGAAAUUUCCACUCUGCAGAUCCAGCAUGGUUUUAUCUGAUGGAUCCAUACCCAGUCAACAGAAGGCUGCUGCUCUCCUUCAAUAUCUACGGCGCCGGCUGCCCUGCUCCGUCAACAUUUCCGGCUCCACCUGCUUUGCCGGAAAUGUUGACAUUUCCGGCCGCCCAUUGUUGA